GCUCCGUCUGCUAUUCUUAGGCCGGCUGUCCCUCACCCUCAGCAACCCUGCAGACCAGAGCCUCCUGUGCACCCAUAAUAAUCCACUAAAGCACCUGACCCACCCACCCACCACCAACCACCAUCAGCACAAGCACCACCACCAGCACCUCCACCCCCUCCACUGGUGUUGGUCCUGGGAGCAGACGGUAGAGGCAGCCAGCGCCGAUAGGGGAUAAGCUUGGCCUGGAGGAGGACCACCGAGGAGGAGAACCCACUAGGAACCGGGACACCAGGACUUGGACGUGGUUUUUGGAUCCGACAUGAGCGGCGCAUACACGGUGACGCUGAACGGCCCCGCGCCGUGGGGCUUCAGACUACAGGGGGGGAAGGACUUCAACAUGCCGCUCACCAUCUCCAGGAUAACUCCUGGCAGUAAGGCGGCCAGCGGCAGCCUGGCCCAGGGCGACAUCAUCUCAGCCAUCGACGGGGUCAGCACCGACGGGAUGACGCACCUGGAGGCCCAGAACAAGAUCAAGUUGGCCACCCACAAACUGGCACUGUCCAUGCUCAAAUCAAGACGCCCUGCACCGGUUCCCACGGCAACCCCACGCAUGGACUCCCCCAUGCCCGUCAUCCCCCACCAGAAGGUAAAGCCCCACCCCCCACCCCCACCAUCAUAA